CCCACUCUUCUUCCCUUUCAUGAACGUCGGUCACGGCAAGCAUCAUGCCUGCAAAGACUAAUAAACCGGCGAGACCAAAGGUCAAGCGCUACCAUGUGUACGCUGUCAUACUCUUUAUUAUGGGGACGCUCUUCCCCCCACUGGCUGUAGCAUCAAGGUUCGGUAUUGGGAAAGACUUCUGGCUGAAUCUUUUACUCACGAUCUGCGGAUACAUUCCAGGACACGCGCACAACUUUUACAUACAGAAUAUUAGGAAUAACAAGAAUCACCGUCGUACACCCAAAUGGGUCCAACGCUAUGGCCUUGUCGACACUUCAACCAUCAAGCGUCAUGAACAGCGUUCCCAGUGGGCAGGGAGAUACAACGACCGCAGUGCACACUCUGCCCUUGAUGAUCAGCAACUGGAGGAAGGCCAAGUAGCGCCGAGCCGCUCAACAACACAGGAUCCCUCCAUCAAGCCCAACAAUGGCAGUGCUCUCUGGAAGCCUGACGACGAAUCAUUCUACAACCCUGAACGAGAAGGUAGCCUGCGUUCAGCCGAAUCAGGCAGUUCUCGCUGGCAUUACCCUGCCAACUUCAAUGACACAGUUCCUGAUGCGCCAGGUGCAGGAGAUGCUACAGGGCGGAAGAAGAAGAAGAAGAAGAAAGAUAGGUGGGCGAGAACGGAGGAUGCAUAUACUGCGCCCGAGAAUAAAAAACGAAAGAAGAAGUCGAAGAAUCGCUCUACAGCUGGCGAUGGUGGCGAUCUAGAGUCAACCUACUCGCACAGAGCAGAAUCAAGUGUUGAUUUGGAGGCGCCAGAAGAUGCAGCCGGUGGAACAUACGGGUCUGGGAGACAAGGCAACGGACAGGCGGCGGUGGAGAAUGACCAUGCUGCCGCACCGCAGGGCGAGAGCGAUGUGUUCAACCACGAGUUCUGACACACAUCCUCUGUAUAUCCUAACUCAAUUCUUCAUGUUAGCUUCUAUCUAUCUAUCGCAUGCAGCGUCUUUUAAAUAUCGAUACACUUCCGAAGUAGAGUCACGCAGACCUGUAUUUUUCCCUCAUAUUUUAUACGUACAAAUCCCCAUGCAAGUGCUUCCCUUUGUAGAUAUCUCAAUGCCUGUACAUCAAAUAGUCAAAGAUACGGUUAGGCAGUAGCCAGGGAACGAAUAUUAAUAUUAAUCUAAUACUAAGACCAG